UGAUAUGAUGUUUUCCACAAACCCUUUUUCACAGCUUUCUUCAUCAUCAUCCAACCAUGUCUUUCCUCCUCCUUCCAUCAAUUCUUUGCUUGAUGAUGAAAAUCAAUGGAAUAGCCCACGAUUUGCUCAUGAAAAUGAUGACAAGUUUAAUAAUAAUUCAAGUGAACAAAGUUUAGUUCAAGGCCAGUUAGGGUUGGAAAACUACUACCAUAACGAUCUCUUGGACAUGGAAAAAAAGUCUCCCAAGAAAGAUCAUCAUAGCAAGAUCCAUACUGCGAAAGGCCCUCGAGAUCGAAGGGUAAGAUUGUCAAUUGAAGUUGCAAGAAAGUUUUUUUUCCUACAAGAUUUGUUAGGGUUUGAUAAAGCAAGCAAAACCCUUGAUUGGCUUUUUAACAAGUCCAAGAUCCCAAUUGUUGAACUUGUUAAAAGAAAGAGACAAACUAGUAGUGCCUCGAUAACCGACGAAUCUGAGGUGGCUAAUUUCUUGGAAUCUCUUGAAGAUAAUCAAGAGGGACUUAAAAAGAAAAGGGUCCCGAAAAGAAAGAAUUUGAUUGCAAGAAAUAAUUAUUACAAAUCUGGAUCUCCUGAUGUGAUUAAUCAGUCAAGGGCAGAGGCAAGAGCAAGAGCUAGAGAAAGGACUAAAGAAAAAAUGCAAAAUAAAAAUUUUGAUAAUAAUAAUAAUGUUGUUAUUGGUGACUGUUGUUCUUCAAAUUUGACAUUUCAAACAAGUUUUUGGAGUUCAAUUGAUGAGUCACCAAUUAAUGAUUAUAACAAUGACAGUAUUGGGAAGUCAAUUAUGGAAGAAAAUAUGUCAUUGAUGUAUAGUUAUCAGCACAACCCGUCUCUUUCGAUUGAAUCCAGCUCCUCCUUCACCGAUUUGCCUAAAUUUAACGGUGGUCUUGAGCCGCAGGAUGACCGUGCAACGAUCUAG